AUGAACAUAACACGCGAGCAAGCUAUUUAUAUACUCUUCUCUAAAGAAUAUGAUGAAGAAAAUGUUGCAAGACUUUUGAAAAAGAUUGCUGAUUUUGGCUCCUUUGAUAUAUGCUAUGAGGUCGAUCCUAGAAAACCAAUAAUGCCUAUAAAUACAGCUUCAGAAUUGCAAGUUAUUCCAUUUUUAAACGAAGUGCACGCUACCAUUGUUUACACACCAAAUGAAAGUGCUUACUAUCUCAAAAGAUUUACUACUAAUGUCAUUUACGAGUUGGUUAUAACAACAACUGACAGCAUGUGUAAAAAAUCGGAAGCAGCCUUUGCGACUUGUCUUGCUUCAAGAGACAUAAAUGAGAGACCUAAUUUACUAGCCGAAUUAAUGAGGGUCGAUGGAAACACACAAGGUACCAUACCCAUUCUGAUAUUAAACCAUUUUUCAAGUAUGAUUUCUUAUAUCAGUGCAACAGAACAGAAUAUUUGCAUCGUAGCUCUAGAUUUUGCAGGACCAUCAACCGAUUUCAAUGAUUUGCACUCCUUUGUCAGUCAUAAAGUUCAUGUUUUUCAACGAGAAGAGAUUUUGAACGACCCUUCAGGAUUAUACCCCUUCAAUUUUAGGUCAAAGUCUAUACAGAGAUUCAAGAUAGUUUAA